UACUCCUCCCCCCCCCCACCCCACCCCAAACCUACUCACCUGUUUCAUUUCUCCCAGAACCCACUGUCACCAAACAGUGCACCUGCCGGAGGUCCCAACCCAGCGAGACAAGUGGACAUGAGGUUGGCAGGCCCCCUGCGCAUCGUGGCCCUAAUCAUCGUUAUGGGUCUCACCUGGAUCCUAGUCACCAUACUCCUGGGUGGUCCUGGUGGUGGCCUUCCUCGAAUUCAGCAAUUCUUCACCAGCCCAGAGAACUCAGUGACUGCAGAACCAAGGGCCAGGAAGUACAAGUGUGGCCUGCCCCAGCCAUGUCCUGAGGAACACCUGGCCUUUCGCAUAGUCAGCGGGGCUGCCAAUGUCAUCGGGCCCAAGAUCUGCCUCGAGGACAAGAUGCUCAUGAGCAGCGUCAAGGACAAUGUGGGCCGUGGGCUGAACAUCGCCCUGGUGAAUGCAGGUCUUCCUCUUUUUGACACAGGGGUCAGUGGUGAGCUCCUAGAAGCCAGAGCCUUUGACAUGUGGGCUGGAGAUGUCAAUGAUCUCUUGAAGUUCAUCCGGCCCCUGCAUGAAGGUACCCUGGUGUUUGUGGCAUCCUAUGAUGAUCCAGCUACCAAGAUGAACGAAGAGACCAGGAAGCUUUUUUCUGAGCUGGGCAGCAGGAAGGCCAAGGAGCUAUCCUUCCGUGACAGCUGGGUGUUUGUGGGAGCCAAGGGUGUGCAGAACAAGAGCCCCUUUGAGCAGCAUAUGAAGAACAGUAAGCAGAGCAACAAGUAUGAGGGCUGGCCUGAGGCCCUGGAGAUGGAAGGCUGUAUCCCUCGAAGAAGCAUGGCGGGCUAGCACAGCAGAGCUCUGGGACCAGACUGAAGGAGGCAGCAUGGCACCAGUAUAGGGUGGAGGCUUUCCCGCCCUAACAUAUCAUCAGGGCUUGAAAGUGGCGUCAAGGUGAUGGGGUCUGCAGGGCUGGCCCGUUUAACUUUGUAACGGAGCUUAGGUACCUGUGUCCUUUUUUCCUAAAGCUGAUCCCACUGUCAGCUCAUACCCAGCCCCUUCCUCUGCCCCUCCUGUGUCAUCUUCUAUUUCUUGAGUCCCCCAGAGGCAAGGGUCUUCAGUGCUUGCCCCUCUCACUGGAGCAGCCAACCUAAAGGUUGGUACAUCUUCCAGAAACUCUUCCUUUCAGAGGCACUGCACUGCUAUCCAAUCCUAUGUUCAAUGUGAUCCUUUGAGUAAGCCAAAUCUGAGCUUAAUCAGAUCACUUCUGCAAGCCUGAAUGGAGGAAUCUGGCCUCUGGUGCCCAAGUAGCUGGAGUCCAAUCAAAGUUCCUCAUAAAGUCUAUGACUGUAUGCACUUUCUCAGAGGGCUCACCUUCUAAAUGACCUGUUUGUUAAUAAACUAAUCACUUUCAGUAGAAUAAAGUGCAUUCAUAUAUUAUCCUCAG